AUGGCUAACAAUGUUUUUCCACCGGCAGAGACUGCCUAUCCAAUCGAUAAUGCGCACAUUGACAGUUUAGAAGCAUAUCAGACACAAUACGCCGAAUCGAUUCAAGACCCAGAAGCGUUUUGGGCAACGGUGGCGGAACGGUUGACAUGGUAUCAGAAAUGGGAUACGGUUCGCGAUUAUGACUUUGUCAACGGGGAAAUCAAAUGGUUUGAAGGCGGCACACUGAACGCUUGCUAUAACUGCCUUGAUCGGCAUGUAGAGGCAGGACACGGCGACGCAACGGCUAUUAUCUGGGAAGGAAAUAGUCCAUCCGAAGAUAAGACGUUCAGUUACAGUGAACUCCUCACCGAGGUCAAAAAGUUUGCCAAUGUAUUGAAGGCAGAAGGCGUUGAAAAAGGCGACCGCGUCUGUAUCUAUUUACAGAUGGUGCCAGAGUUGGCGAUUGCGAUGUUGGCGUGUGCCAGGAUAGGUGCUGUUCACUCCAUCGUUUUCGGUGCUUUUUCAGCGGAAUCCCUCCGAGACAGGAUUAAUGACUCGGCGUGUAAGAUGCUCAUAACACAAGACACAGCAAUGCGUGGUCCUCGUAGCGAUAUACCGAUGAAAGCGAAUGCAGAUGCAGCUGUGGCAGAAUGCCCAUCUAUUGAAAAAGUUGUCGUCGUGGAGCGUACAGGUGACACAGUCGAUUUCAAUACAUCACGCGAUAUCUGGUGGCAUGAAGCGAUGGCAGAUGCAGAAGCAGCAUGUGAACCGGAAGUUAUGAAUGCCGAAGAUCCGCUUUUUAUCUUGUACACGUCUGGUUCAACCGGGAAACCGAAGGGGUGUUUUGCAUACCACAGGUGGUUAUCUCGUCUAUACGUCCUAUACAUAUCAACAGCACUGCGGGCGUUGAUGAAGGAGGGCAAUACAUGGGUCGAAAAAUACGACAGGUCCACGCUCAAGUUCCUCGGUACGGUGGGUGAACCGAUUAAAGAACCGGAAUGGCUGUGGUAUUACAACAUAGUCGGCGAGAAACGGUGCCCGAUUGUGGAUACAUGGUGGCAAACCGAAACCGGUGGGAUUCUGAUGACUCCGCUGCCUGCCGCAACCCCACUGAAACCGGGUUCAGCGACGUUCCCGUUCUUUGGGAUUGAACCCGUGAUACUUGAUGAAGCAGGCAACGAAGUGGAAGGUAACCCUGCAACUGGUUACCUCUGUAUUAAAACGGCGUGGCCCGGUAUCAUGCGAACGGUUUACGGGGAUCAUGAGCGGUUUUUAGACACCUAUUUUCGCCGAUUCCCCGGCUAUUAUAUGACAGGCGAUGGCGUGCUGCGCGAUGAAGACGGCUACUAUUGGAUUACGGGACGCGUGGACGAUGUCCUGAAUGUUUCAGGCCACCGAUUAGGAACAGCCGAGGUUGAAGGUGCAAUCGGUCAACAUGAGGCGGUAGCAGAAGCCGCAGUCGUCGGUUAUCCACACGACAUCAAGGGACAAGGCAUCUAUGCGUAUGUUACACUCAUGACGGGCGAAUCUGCGUCUGAUACGGUAGAAACAGGCAUUAAACAGGCGGUUCGACAACAUAUCGGACCGAUCGCCACACCCGACAAGAUUCAGUUUACGCCUGCGCUUCCAAAGACAAGAUCAGGCAAGAUUAUGCGGCGUAUUCUCCGCAAAAUCGCGGAAGGUGACAUCUCUAACCUCGGUGAUACUUCAACUCUUGCUGACCCGACGGUUGUUGAGGCACUGGUUGAAGGUAGACGAUAG